AUGACGAGGAGAGAUCGGUCAGUUAACGGCUCGGUGGUCCUCCACGACUACAUGGUGUUUUUAUACCAAACAUUGUCCAAACCUCAAAGCAGAGACUUUGAUGUUUCAGACAGAGCAGGAGCUGCUAACACAGUUACAAGUUUUGUGGAUCAAGGACAAGAUCCUCCAUCAUGGGAGAGCGGCCAGCGUUACGUCUUCGACUUAUCCAGCCAGGCCAGGAUGGAAGAGCUGGUGGAGGCCGAGCUGAGAAUCCUCAGGAAGCCUCCGGCAGACCUUCGACCCACCCUAACAAGCGGAGGAAACCUUUACGACAUCCGCCUGUACUCCUGCUCUUCGGAGAGACAGUUGCUGGACUCCAGAACUGUCGAGGUUUUGGGUGGUGGUCUUCCCAGGUGGGAGGUGUUUGACGUGUGGUCUGGCAUGAAGGCCCAUCUGAGGAAUCCUUUGGAGCCACAGCAGGCCUGCUUCCAUCUCCUGGCCUUCUCUGAACUGACCAACAAGGUGGCUGACCCGCUGGUCCUGGGGCUGGGUCGCACCCCUUGCCCAACCCAGGAGAAAGCUUUGCUGGUGGCUUUCUGGCAUACCAACACUGCCGACAGUCUUUUCGGAGAGGUGACGCACAGGAUGAAGAGCGAGGGCGGAGGAUUUAGCCUCCCGAAGCCUCCAAAACUUAUUCCAAAACACGUAAAGAAGAACCGCCGGCAUCGACAGAGAGCUCUGUCCAAACGAUCCUUCGGUGGGGCAGCGAGAGGAGGCAGGAGGAGCCGCUGCAGCCGGAAACCGCUGCACGUGAACUUCAGAGACCUGGGCUGGGACGACUGGAUCAUCGCCCCUUUGGACUAUGAGGCGCGCCGCUGCGACGGCGUGUGCGACUUCCCGCUGCGCGCCCACCUGGAGCCCACCAACCACGCUGUGAUCCAGACCCUGAUGAACUCCAUGGACCCUGAUCUCAGCCCACCCAGCUGCUGCGUCCCCUCCAGUCUCAGCCCCAUCAGCAUCCUCUACAUGGACUCAGCCGGCAGCGUGGUCUACAAGCAGUACGAGAACAUGGUGGUGGAGAGCUGUGGGUGCCGGUAG